AUGGAAAUGAAGAUAGAAGAAGACCGCCAAAAAGGAGCCUGGGGUGAAUUCAGUGUGUUAGGCCCAGGAGCACCUGUCAUUGCCCCAGUCGGGAAAGAAGCUGUGCUGCCCUGUCAUCUCAGUCCAGAGACAAAUGCUGAGGGCAUGGAUGUAACCUGGUACCGAGUCAGACCUCCAGCUCUGGUGCAUCAUUAUGCUUCUUACCGGGAUCAUCUGAAGGAUCAGAGCCCAGAGUACCGAGGGAGGACAGAGUUUUUGAAACAGAAAAUCACCACAGGGCAGGUGGCCCUGAGUAUCCAUCCCAUCCUCCCUUCAGAUGAUGGAGAGUACAGGUGUAACUUUGGAAGUUCCACAUUUGAAAAUGAAGCACAAUUCAACUUGUUGGUCACAGCCUCAGGCACAGUCCCACAGAUUCACAUUGAGCCUGGAGGCACUGGGGAGAUGAAGCUGACCUGCACAUCCAGGGGCUGGUACCCAGAGCCUGAGGUGCAAUGGAGGGACCUGCAAGGUCAGCGUUUGACACUAGCCUCUGAGACCAAGACAGCAGCAGAGAAUGGCCUGUUACACGUGCAAACAUCUGUCACUGUAGACACCAGGUCAAGAGAUGUGUCCUGUGCCAUAAGGAACCCAGUCCUCAGUGAGGAGAAGAAAGCACAUGUUUCUGUGUCAGAUACCGUGUUCCCCAGGCUCUGGCCCUGGAUCGUGGGAUUUGCUGUGCCCCUGUGUCUCCUGGCUAUUGUCACAGCCUUUGGUGUUAUUUUUGUACAAACUAGAAGAAAACUAGCUACACUUACUGGGCAACUUGCCCGAAGAAAAGCCCUGGGAAAGGAAGGUCUGGACAAUCUCCGGAGAUAUGCAGAAGACAUAAUACUGGAUGAGAAAACUGCUCAUCCUCAUCUAGAAAUAACAGAGAACAGAAAAUAUGUGAGGGCUACUGUGGAAAAACGAGAUGUUCCUGACAAUCCUCAGCGGUUUGACACUCACAUGGCUGUUCUGGGGGAGAACAGCUUCUCGGCUGGUGAUCAUUACUGGGAGGUGGAUGUGGCAUGGAAAGACAGGUGGGAAAUAGGACUGUGUGUGGACUCAGUUACACGGAAAGGAGACAUCUCUGUUUGUCCUAAAAAUGGGUUCUGGGUACUUUCCCUGGAGAACAAUGAGUACAAGGCACUUUCCACACCCACUUCCAUUCUCAGUGUCCCAGAACUCCCCUUGGCAGUGGGUAUUUUUCUGCAGUAUGAGAAAGGACUGAUCUCUUUCUACAAUCUGACAAGCUGUAGCUUUCUUUAUACUUUCAAAACCACUUUCAACAAACCUCUGAAGCCUUAUUUCUACCCUGGCCGUGUUACUUCUGGAAAUAUGGGGGGUCUCCAUGUUCCCAAGUGUCCGUGAGGUAUCCUGUCAUCACUGUGGGGCACAGCCGAGACACCACAGGGUGUCUUCAUGGGCCAUUGUGAGCAUCAGACACCCCACCCAGGAGGCUGCAGUCAGGGGAGCCAGGAUCUGCCUGAGCCCCAGACUUCUCCAGCCUUGGGGAAACUCAGAGUAACCCCUUGCACUGUCCACUCUGUGCUGACCUCAUCCACACACCAACUCCCAGAAUAUACUUUACUGCUUUAACUUUAGGAAAAAUGAAAAUUUCUCCAUACAAAUCCUUCUGGGAUAUAAGGUUGACAUUAUGAAACAACUUAGCUACAAUCCUCAAUAUGCCAUUUAAGAGCUGGGUGAUGGCAACACUCUGCCACCCUCUUCACCCGACACUGUCCCUCCCCACACCACACACACACAAUCAGUUGAGUCCACAGGCUACAAUUGCCAAGGACCUGGGUUCAAGCCCCUGAUCUCCACCCAAAUCAUCUCCAUCCAAAAAAAAAAAAACACAUACACAGACAUACAUACAUGCAUACAUAUUUAAAUUUAAAAAAAGACACGGUUUGACUUUACUCAGCAGGCAUCUUGCAAAAUGGACUCUGUGUGUUUCUGGCUCACAAAAAGCUAUGGGCUCUUCAAGGGCAGAGAGCACAGGCUGUUCAUGUCUGUGCCACUCUGUGUUAAAAACAGCUCCUUGUGUUCUGACAUUAUACUUGUUAACUCAGUAAAAUUGAAUUCAUUCAUUAACCAGACUGACUGAUACUUUGAAGGACCCACACUUUCACUCAGCCUCUCUCACUGUACCUGGUCUUAUUCUCAGGGCCUGUGAGUCUCCUGUCUCAAUCAGAUGGCUCUGAGCUUCAA